AUGAAGGAAUUGGCAGAUGGAACACCGAUCACCGUCAGCUGGGAUACCAAACGGAAUACGUCCCGCGCUGUCGUUGUCUGUCGGGAGCUGCCAAUCGAUACUGAAGACGAUAUAAAAACAAACCUUAGCACACAAGGUGUGACUGAAGUUAAACAUAUCAGCAGAAUGAGCGACGAUAAAAAAACGAAAUUCAACACCGGAGUCGUGAUCCUCACGUUUUCCCAGCCUUCACCGCCAGAAAAACUGAAAAUUGGAUACCGCGUUUGCAGAACCGAAAAGUACUACCCCCGACCAACGCAAUGCUACCAGUGUUACGAGUAUCAGCACAUUAGAAAUUUUUGCAAAAAAGAAGAACGCUGCCGAACCUGCGGCGAAAAGGCACACCUGGAAAGUGAUGAAUGUUCGAAAAAAAUAAAGUGCAUAAACUGCAACGAUAAUCAUAUCUCGACCAGCAAGCCCGGAAACAACUUAUCAACAACAACGAAAAACCAAGUUACGGCAAAAGUUACAAGCGAUGCCCAAACUAUCAUCGAAAAUGCAAGAACACAGUGGGAAAAGGAGCUGGAGGAGAAAAUGAGCUUUUUUUUAAAAAUGAAAGUUAUUUCGGAACGAAUGGAAGCGCUCAACGAAAAAGAAGCAAAUAUUAAAAACUGGUAUAACUACUUCAAAGAUAAAGAAAAGAAUUUAAAGAUCACUGAAGAGAAAAUGCAAAAAGAUAUCGAAGAAAUGAAAACGCACUGUGGCAAGCUAACAAACGAGCUGCAGAAAAAGAAUGAAUUAAUAGAAAAACUAACAAAAAACAUUGAGCCGCAGACCCAGAAAACGAUCACAACUAAAGACAAACAUGGAAAAAAUUAA